GUGCAAGGGCGUUUCUUUACGGGCAGCGGAUCAGCUGGAGGGUAUGGUGGGCUUUGUUUCUUAUCCAUGGCGGGGCAGAAUUUAACGAGAAACGAGACCGGCGAAACGCCCCGCGCCGAAUGAGUCUUACUGUUUGCGAUGGACUGAAACCACAUUUCACGCUUUUUGACUCCUUAUACUCUCGUCAUACACAUAAUUUGGCAUGACGAACGAGCCCAGCGAGCCACCUUCUGUGGCGGCGCUUGCUGUCACCGACACAGCUACAAAAGCUACAGAGCAAGCUAUCGAUCCCUGGAACGUCUCUGCUGGGACCGAUGAGCAAGGAAACGCGAAGGAAUUCGACUACGCUGCAAUAUCGAAGCAAUGGAAUACGAAGCUGAUCGACGACGAGCUACUGGCACGAUUCACCAAAGUGACUGGCAAAGAACCUCAUCGCUGGUUGAAACGAGGCCUCUUCUUCAGCCACCGCGACUUCAACGAGAUCCUCGACUGCUACGAGCGCGGCGAGACCUUCAUGCUAUACACAGGGAGAGGCCCGAGUAGUGGAAGCAUGCAUAUUGGGCACACGAUACCUUUCGAAUUCACAAAAUGGCUGCAAGACGUCUUCGAUGUUCCGUUGGUGAUCAUGUUGACGGACGACGAGAAAUUCCUGUUCAAGAACGAUUUGAAGAUAGAAGAUGUGCGCCAGUUCGCCCGGGAGAAUGCGAAAGAUAUUAUUGCUGUUGGAUUCGAUCCUAAAAAGACGUUCAUAUACAUGGACACGGAAUACAUUGGCGGUCACUUCUAUCAGAAUGCAUUGGAGUUUGCAAGAGCAGUUACAUUCAACCAAGUUCGUGGAGCCUUUGGUUUCGACUUGAGCACCAACAUCGGCCGCAUUUUCUUUCCUGCUCUUCAGUGUGUUGCCGCAUAUCCGACCUCAUACCCUCACAUCUUCGGUGAUGAUCCAGCUGGCAACCGUAGCAAGAAAUCUUCCAAGAUACGCUGCUUAAUACCCUGUGCCAUCGACCAAGACCCCUAUUUCCGUUUAGUCAGAGACAAUUCUCACAAGAUGAAGCCGCCGAUCAAGAAGGCUGCUCUCAUCCAUUCGAAGUUCCUGACCGGCCUGUACGGGCCCGGUGGCAAGAUGUCGUCAAGCGACCCCAACUCCGCCAUCUUCAUGAGUGACACCGCCAAGCAAAUAGAAAAGAAAAUCAACAAACAUGCUUUCUCAGGAGGACAAGAGACUAUUGAGCUACACAAAGAGCUUGGUGGUAACCCGGACGUUGACGUCGCAUAUCAAUACUUGAGCUACUUUGAUGACGAUGAUGCGAAGCUGGAUGAGCUCGCACAGCAGUACAGAAAAGGAGACUUAGGAACCGGCGCACUGAAAAAGAUUUGUGUUGCAAAGUUACAAGAGUAUGUGAAGGGUUAUCAAGAUCGACGAAAGGAGGUGACAGAUGAUGUGCUAGAAGCAUACAUGACUCCAAGAGAAUUAAAGUGGGAAGGAAACAAGAAUCCAGUGAAGCCCGAGAAGAAGUAAAUCGGUACAGUAGACAUGGCUGUAGGUGGAACCUGCCAUUAUGGUAAGGCAGUACGUAGCCGAAAAGCGAGACACCUACCAUGCAGUUUGACACAGUAUCUGACCUGUCGAUGAAUUAAGCAAAUGACAAUGGAUAUCUAAUGAUGCUGUGCAGUGCCCAGGUAAUUGACGACUUCGCUUUCUUGAAAACCUGGAUAUGGUUUCCAAGAUAGUGUGAUGCUAGGCAAGAGUCCAAUGGAUUCUCACACAGCUAAAAUGACUAUUCCAUCUGUCUUGUUGUAAAUUAUAGUGUCUACACUUUUGUUCUCGAGGUAGUCGCUACUCUUAUAUAUACAGAUUAUCUACCGAACAACAGCUCUUACUCUGUCUUGUAUGUAGCGAUCAGCUCCAAAGCAGUCCUUGCGCUCUUGAAGACCCGUCU